AUGAUGCUUCUCUUCCUCGGAGUAUACCUCUACCGCGCUGCGUCCACAGGCUCGCGUGCUUGGUUGGAGGCCCGCUCUCAGCGACUUGGACCUUUUGCCGUCCUCUGCCUUGCGGGUCCCCUCAUCCUCGCCGACACAACGAGACACUUGCUCCAGGACUACGGGGUCUGGCAUGGCUGCGGCAACAACCAGUACUUCUCGCGCAUCAACACCUCUGACCCGUUCCCCGAUGCGUGCUUCUGGUCGUCCAGUCAGUACAGAUGCUCCGUGCCCUGCUGCGUGCCCGUGUGGCGAGAGCAAGCCAAUGGUACCUAUGGCUGGACACCACCCACGCCGGAGAAGACCUCGCCGAAGUUUGCCACGCUAGCCUCCAACGGCCGCGAAGUUUACUUUCCGCGAGGCUUCGACUUUGAUGCGCCGCAGCCAUACCGUCUCUACACGGCUCCGCUCGUCCUGUUCGAAGACAGUACGGUCAAUUCUCUGGCUCAGCCGCCAGUACGAGAGUCCGACUGCCUGUACGGUGUGAACGCUGCGACCGGCUACUGCAACGCCUUUGACGAGCACACAGCCGCGACGUGCUCGUGCGACUCGUGUGAGCCGAACGAGACUCUGUUCCGCCUGUCGCCGAUGGGCUGGCUGUUCACCUUUGCCUUCACGUGCGCGCCGCCCGUUCGCCAGCACGAUUGCCUGUUUUCCCCAUCGAACGUGUACGUCGGCAGGUACUCUGGCUUUGCGCUCUUGUCGAUCGCGGUGCUGUGGAACGCCAACAUUCUGCAGAAGCUCGGCGACGUUGCUGCCAAGUGGCGAGAGCUGCGCGGGCGCAUGUAG